AAUAUGAAGUUUCAAUGUAUAAAUAGAACCGCUGUUAGAUUAUUAGUUAGAUAAAUUGUUAGUUAUGAAAUUUAAAAUUUAUAUUUUUAUAAUUAAAUUGCUGGUUAUAUUAAAAUUAUUUGAAAGGUUCAUAGGGUUUUUGUAAUCACUGCUUUUUAUAAUUGUUUUAUUUUAAUCUUGUAAUUAUUUUGAAAAAGAAAACUACUGUCCGUGUUUUUUUUUUUUUGGGGGGAGGGGGGGCAAAUAAAUGUAAUUGUAAAUGUAGAAAUAAACUAUUGUAUAUUAUUUUUUUAGCAAAAGAAUUAAUUGUGUAUUAAGUUACAUGAGUUAUGUUGCUAUGGAUAAAAACAGCGUUUAUUUGGGUUCGGUAUAUCGAUUUGUAACUAUAAACGGUAUAUUUUAUAGUUAACGGACGUGCAGCUAAGAGUUUUUUUUAUAUCAUUAUUGAGCUUUUUAAUUGUAAGAACCUACCGUUCACUUUAUUAAAAUUUUAAAAGCAUCCUACACGAAACUGUUUUAUUUAUAAAUUAUAAUAAUUAUAAAAAAUAUUAAAAAUUUGUAAAAAAAUUAAUUCGCCAUGUGUGACAUGAUACCAAAUAAUCCAUCUGAAAGAACCACCGAUGAUAGUGUUAGACGUUCUUGUGUCACUUACGACAUAUGUCAAGUACCAAAAAAAGAAGCUGAAAAUUUGUAUUCAUUUGCUCAAUGGCACAUGCAUAACGAUGAUAUCUUAAGUCGAUCAGCACAAGGACAUCACCAAUCUAAUGUUGUUGAAUAUAACGUACAGAGAGCCAUCAAUACAAUAUCAAGAUCUGUAGAUAUAAGCAUAUUAGAUAGUUCAAAUAAAAUCGCGAGUUCAGCAAGAAAUAUAGAUCGAUGGAGAGCUAACAUGUAUCAAGCAUUAGAAAAUAUACGAAAUGAAAUUGAUCUUCUUUAUUUUUAUUUAAAAAAAUUACAACGAUCAAGGAUUGCUUUAAAUGUUAUAUGCUCUAUAACAACUGAAUGUUUAGAACGUCGUUCUUAUAGAUUAGACAUGGAUCUAACGUUAGACCCCGCUCAGGUUGAGCUUAUCAAUGAGAGUAAAUUAGUUAACGAAGUUGGUGAAUUAAUAAACUGUACAGUAUCUCAAAUCAAUGAACAACUUAAAUUAAAUGGAGAUAUUAAACAACAGCUUGAAGAAAAUUGGAGUAAUAAAAACCAUUCCUUUGAAAUAGAUGCUAAAAACUUAGGUUUGAAUAUUCAUUCUGCCGAUAUAAUGACACACAAAAAUGUAAUGAAAGAUUCUGAAAGUACAUGUCUGACAAUACCAGAAUGGGAAACAGCAACUCAGACUUUAUAUGAAAAGGCACAACAAGUAUUAAACGAUUCAGAAAAACUAAGGACGUUGGUUGAUGAUCAUGUUCUUAAAAAAAGUGCAAAACGAUUAAGGGACCAAGCGGACGCAGUAGAUAUUGCUUUAGCAAGAUUUAUUGCAAACACACAAAAAGUUAGUCAAGCUAUGGAAAACGAUUUAAAACAAGUUGUUCAGCGAUUAGGAGAUUCAGAAAAAUUACUAGGAGAUCUUCGACGAGUGAUAGCCAAUUUGGAGAAUGCUAAGAUGACUGCAGAAACACGGUUAUAUAACCGUCUUAAACGUCCGGGAGAUGAGAAUUGCAAUGAUGCUGCACAAUCUAGGCUUUUAUCGGAAAUCAACAGUCUACAAGAGCAGCUCGCGACUCUAAAUUAUCAGUUGCAAUGCGCUAGAACAGGGCACACGGGUUUACUAGAAGCACGAUUAAAACUUGAAGAUGAAGUUCGGGUUAAACGAAAAACACUUUGGAUUGAUAGUUUUCGAUGCCAAAAAGUACGUGCACGCUACCCUUCAAUCAACAUACUUAUUGGCCGUUAAAAUAAAAUUUCUAAAUAUACAACAAGAAACAAAUAAAUUGGUGAUUUCAUAAUAAAACACAUUACACAAAAAAAAAAACUUAUUGAUAUUUUCUUAUUUUAUUUAUUAAAAUAUAAAUUUAAUGUAGAACACAGUUAAAUAAAAUGUUUUUAAAAUUAAAUAAUGUUAAUAUAUCCUUAUAAAAAACAAUUGUAUGUCCAACUUGCUUAGUUAUUAUAUAGUCAAACUAAAAUCUAAGAUUAAUCACCAAACAACAAUUUAUUAAGAUCAAUUUCGAAGAAAGUCUAGUCAUCGCAAUAAUUUGACAAGGAAAUUGUAGAAGAUAACAAGAAAUCUUAAUUUAUAGUAGAAUGUUAAGUAUGAUACCGUCAUUUGCAAUGAAUGGAAAACAAACUGUGAAAUUAAAAUAAAACACGUUACUUAUACUCGUGCCUUUGUGAGCCUUGUCUAUAAAUUGAAUUACUAAUGAUGCAUUUAUAUAGUUGUAGUAGUAACCUUCGACUUGGUUCAAAAUUGAUCCUUAGUGACAUCAUACUUGUAGGAAGUUACUGAGUAUUCUCGGAGGCCUCUCACUGUGCUACUUGUUAUUAAGUGAAAUGUAUAAUUUGGGUGAUUAUUUUUUUUUAAAAAUGGAUAAUUUUUUGUCAAUUUUGAUAUUAAUUAUAACAGUACAUAUAUGUAUUUCAAAUUUAAGGUUCAGUAUAAUACUAAAAUAAACAAUAUUCUAAUAAAGAAAAAUAAAAUUA